CAGAAUGUUAUGGAACAGUUAAAUCCAGGUUUACGAAACCUUGUAACCCUGGGUAAAAGCUAUGAAAAAGCUGUUGUAGCAAUGACUCUGGCAGGAAAAACUUACUAUGAUGCUGUUUUCAAAAUUGGGGAGAUAGCUACGGUGUCACCAGUUUCCAGGAAAUUUGGGAUAGUUCUCAUGGAAAUCUCUGACGUACAGAAGAAAUUGAACGUAGAGCUAGAAGAAAACUUUAAAAAGUUUCACAAAGACAUAAUUGCCGAACUUGAACAAAAAACUGAACUGGAUCAGAAGUACAUGAAUGCCACCCUGAAGAGAUAUCAGACAGAGCACAGAAGCAAGUUAGACUCAUUAGAAAGAUCUCAAACCGAUCUAAAAAAACUGAGAAGGAAAAGUCAAGGAAAGAAUGCGACAAAAUAUGAAACCAAAGAAAAUGAAUAUCUGGAGACGGUGAGUUCCCGCCAGACUGAAAUGCAGAAGUUCAUUACUGAUGGAUGCCGGGAGGCCUUGCUGGAGGAGAAGAGGCGCUUCUGUUUCCUUGUUGACAAACACUGCACAUUUUCUUAUCAUCUUUGCAACUACCAUGAUAAGGCUAAAGAACUACUUAGUGUAAAUCUGCCCAGCUGGCAGGAGAAGUGUACUGAUGCCACCAAGGUGCCAGAUACCGUCAUGACCAUGGUUAAGGACAUCAUGACCCCAGGAUCUACUCCAGUCUCAGGAACUCCACAGCCAUCACCCAAGCACAACACAGACCCACCAAAGCCACCUCCCGCACCACAGAUAAAACCACACUCAAGUCCUCUUGUAGAGAUGUUUAACGUCCCUGCCACUCCGAAGGCACCACCCAUGACACAGAGGAACAGUCUGCAUUCAGAUUACAACAAUGGCAAUUUUCUGCCCAGGUCUGUCUCUGUUGCAACUGGAUUGAACAAGAUUAAAAGACCCAAGAUGAAAACCAUCUUUCCACAUACUGCUGGGAAUAACAAUACUCUGCUCAGUUUCGAUGAAGGUGACAUCAUCGUUCUGCUUUUACCAGAGGAAAAAGAUGGCUGGCUAUAUGGAGAGCAUGAGCAGUUGAAGCAGAAAGGUUGGUUUCCAUCCUCAUACUGCCGACCUUAUACAGAGGAAGAACAGGAGCAAAGCAGUUCUAUGCCAGUCCGGAGUAUUAGCAUAGCCAACCUGGCAGAGAAAGAGAAGGGGAACGUGGUACUGCCCCCUCCAGAUUACUUUGAGUCUUCACCAACUAGGACUGUUAACAAGAACACUUCCCCUGAGCAAACAAGCCAGAAACCAAAUGGGAUUGUAAAGCCACUUUUUGAAGCUGGUGAAAAUCCGUUUGCAACCGUCAAACUUCGACCAACGGUAACCAACGACAGGUCAGCGCCCGUUAUUUGAAGUUUCUGAGAUCCACACCCAGAGGAAUUCUACAGAUGGGAUUUCUUCAGAUGCCACGACUGCAUUCUGUGAAGUCUCCAAUCUUCCUGAGCACAUAGAUCUUUUAAUAACUGUCAGACCAAAUCCAAAGAGGUGUGUGUGUGUGUGUGUGUAUAAUUUUUGUUGCAGAUUUUAUAAGCACAGGGCAGUCUGCAUUUUCAAUACUGAAACAAAGUCAUUCAGACGGAAUGCAUUUAACUUCUGCUUGUUUAAAAGUUUUUUUGUUUUGAUUUUUGCCAUAGGAUGAUAAGCACACACUUGUACUUAGCAUUUGCAUUGCUACAAUAUUGUUUUUCAUAAAUAUGAAUGAUGAAUGUCUUUGUUGCUGUUGACCGUGUUUCAGAAACAAUUCUGUAUAUUAAUGUACAGUAGCUUUGCACUUAGGGGUCAUGGUAGAGGUUCGGCGUUACUGUUGCCAUAUACCUGAAGUGAUCCCUUACUUAUUUUUCUUUUACAUGCAUAACAGGCCUGUAUACAAUUUUUUUUUAAUGUAUAAUGUUUAACGUGUCUAUGUGUGUGUGUAUAUACAGUUUUGUGUGUAGUAGUUCAUACUAUAUAGUAGUAUAUAGUUUUGCUUCUCUUGUUAACAUGGUGUCUGCUGUCCUAUUGGCCUAACCACUGGGUGAUAUUUCAUUAUUCUGUACAUGGGAUUCUUCUAACUGAUUCUGACACAGAAGUGUGAGAUUGGUAACAUUGUAAGUUUUGUCCUAUGCCUUUAAAUACUUUUUUUUUUUUAAAGAAGUCUGUACAGUACAGUGCAACAGGCAUGCCACCUGACAGGUUUUGUUUUUAUUGAAGGAUACUACAUACAUUGUAGGUACACAUUAUCAUCUUGGAAAUUGUAGUUGUUUAAUGGUUAUUCUAUGAAACCAAUGGGUAAACGACUGGAGAUGAGCCAGUUCCUUCUAGUUUUUGAUACAUUUUGUAAAUAGUCACUCAGGUGGCUGUUGCUUAUUCAGUAAUCCUGAAGGUAAAUGGAGGUGCAUGCUACUUAUGUUUUCCGUUUUCUUUACAGCAAGGGGAAUAUGAAUAUGGGUUUGCCUCAUUUUAACCAGUGAUUUGUCUUUAUAAAAUAAAGCACUGUUCUGUUCUGAAUUAUAUUUCUUAUAUUAAGGUUUGAAGAAAAAAAACAACUUUUUUUUCAAAUGUUUGAAAAAAAUUAGUGUGCAGUUCGUUAUCUAUGUACAAAUACGUUUCAUUUAUUUUAUUGGAAUAAAAGUUUGAUUUACCAGACUUCAGUUUUUACACAUUGUGCAUCUACUGUAACUUUAUUUGCUGACUAUCCAAACAUUUAAUUGAACAACUUAUUAACAAUUAAUCUACCCACCAUAUGGUGUAUAUAACACUAGUCCUUAUAUCCUUGGAAAGUAUAAAAAUGUAAUUGAAAUAUCCUGGUUAUUGCCUACAAUGCCUGUUUGAAGCCUUGGAUCGUUCUACAUUGGCUGGUUUCACCCAGCCCUGUCAGAGCUCUGCUUAUUUGGUAUCUUAAAAGCACACAGCUGUGAACAAGACACAUAUCAGUGUGCAAUAAAGUGAAAAAAUAAAAGUUGUCGUGCACUAGUUAGUCAUUUCAGAAUCCAAACAUACAAAUACACUCCAAACAGAUGUCGGUGCUUAAAUGACUUUAUUUACAUUGUUUUUGUUAUUUGUGUAUAUAAAAGUGGAUAUUUUAUUUAGAAUAUGUAGUGUGCAACAGGCAAAGCAGAUUGUUAUUUUCAACGAUACUUAUUAAAUGCAUACAAAUACAACAUCAACAGACGACAUGUCAUCAUCAGCAAGCAUAUGUAUGACAAGCUGCUAGAUAGUGUGUGUUCAAUUUCUUCUUAAAGUAGUCUGCUUCAGCAAACUGAUUGUCUUACCAAUGGAGAGGAGAGGUUUUCUAGUAAUGAGGGCCAACUUUCAGCAGUAAAAUCAGUAGUUGGUUUGUUCAUAAAGAGUUUGGGACACAUACAGCUGUUCUUCAAAGAUUCCAGCAAGCACAAGCCCUGAGAUUUGCAAGAGGUGUCAUUAAAGACAGAAAAAAUAUCUUGUGGUUUGCAAAACAGCUAAUGCAAGAAGUCCCUUUUUAUAUAAAAGCUUGCACAGUUAAUCAAUAACUUGUAAACUUUUCACAGUGAAUGCUACACAUGCCCCACCCGAACUCAGUUGGUAAAUAAGUUUUAGCAAUUUGCUCCUUUUUACCAUCUUGAAUUUAAAAUUUAUA